AUGACAAGAUUAUUGAGAGGCUUAAAACUUGAUGAAGAGACAACUCUAUCUCAAAAGAGUGAAGAAUCAUCACAAAAUUCAAAGCAACCAAGGAGAAAAAUGGUUGCAAGGAAAAAUCAAAAGAAAAAAGAAGAUGAACAAUCACCAGCAACAAGAACAAGAAGUAAAUCACAAGAAGAAGCAUUAAUCAUGUUGCAGUCAGAGAAAACUCCCAAGCGGUCUUCUGCAACCAUCCGCAAAGAUCUUGCGGAGAAAGCUGCGGCUGAGGUCAAGGCCAAGACCAAGGUUCAGAGGCUGGAGAAGGAGGCUGCUCAGGCUCAGAUAAACUUUGCAGCAACCCUGGAGGAGGAGCAAAACCGCCUUGUUGCUGAGAGUGACGCUGACAAUGACGUCCGGAUGAAGAUCGCCUUGGUUGCCCUAUACCCGGACGUGGAUUAUGGUGUCUGGGCACUGGCUCACAGGUACGCCGAGGACGUGGUGUACUUGAGAGAACAAGCUGCUGCAGCAAUUGCUGAAAAACAACCACAAGCAGCAACACCCAAAAAACCAGGGCAUCCUCGUGCUGUAACUGCAGUUGCUGAGAAACUUGCUAAAAGAACACAAAAAAAAGUAAGGCGUCCAAGUGCUACAGUUGCUGACAAACCUACAAAAACAACAAAUACAAAAUCAAAUGCCCUUGCUGCAAAAUCUACUCUUGUUGAAAAGAAAAUUGAACACAAAGGAGGCCAAAAAGGUGGUCAGAAGAGGCCAGCUGCAUUAGCAAAAGGCCGUGUGAAGAAAAGAAAACUCAUUGAACAAGUACCUUGUGAUGAACCAUCAGAGGAGGAAGAAGAGAAAGAUGAUACUAAUAGUAGAGAAGACAGUGAGGAUGCUUAA